GCACGUCGACGUAUGGAUCCAUAGCUACAGCGACUACUCAGCGUGGCAUCGCAGCAGGAAGCAAGCCAGUAAGCCUGUUCUCGCCUUGUGCUUUCUCUCCCGGCCCUCGCUUUCCCUCUUUCUCUAGCCCGAUCGGUCCUAGCAGCCGCGAUCGAUUUCUUUUGCUUAUAGCUGCCGCCCAGCGAGCUCGUGGCGAUCUUCUUGGGAAGCAACAAAAAAAAAGUUGGUGAGAACUCCAUAAUUCUACUCCCCUGUACCAGACGGACAACGAGAGAGAAACACCAAGCGAUCGAGCACAGAGCGGGGGGACCGAUGAUCGAUCGGUUGUGGCUGGUGCCCGGUGGUAGCUUUUAACAGGGACAAGCUUCCUCCUGGCCUCUUUUUCUCUUUGUUCUCUUCUCAGGCCGCUUUGUUCCCUCGCUACUCCCUCCUCCCGCUCUGUUCGUCCCUCCCUCCCUCUCUCUCUCUUGUUUUACGUGCCCGGCCUGUCAUUCCUCCUGGGAUCAGCCUUAGCCUUGUCUCAUAUGAUGGCGAGCAAAGCGUAGGCCGGCAGCGGACAAGAAGAGGCUUUCAAUCUCCCUCUGUCUCACUCACUCUACUUCCCGUCACGUACUAAUUCUUCCGUGUAGAAAGAGGAGGAGCCGAGGAGGAAGGUGGUGAGAAGGGGAGAGAGGGUGAGAUUGAUCGAUCGAUCGAUCGAUCAUGACAUGGUGCAACAGCUUCAACGACGUGCGCGCCGUGGAGAACAACCUGGCCUCCGCCACGGCGGCCGCCGCCGCCAAGAAGCAGCAGCAGCAGCAGGCGUCCUCCCACGUCAACCUCAUCAGGACGUGCCCGUCUUGCGGCCACCGCGCACAGUAUGAGCAGGUGCAGGCUGCGGCGACGAUCCAGGACCUGCCGGGGCUGCCGGCCGGCGUGAAGUUCGAUCCAACGGACCAGGAGCUGCUGGAGCACCUGGAGGGGAAGGCAAGGCCGGAUGCCCGCAAACUCCACCCGCUCAUCGACGAGUUCAUCCCCACCAUCGAGGGCGAGAACGGCAUCUGCUACACCCAUCCCGAGAGGCUUCCCGGAGUCGGCAAGGACGGCCUAAUCCGGCACUUCUUCCACCGCCCGUCGAAGGCGUACACGACCGGGACGCGGAAGAGGCGGAAGGUGCACACCGACGAGCAAGGCGGCGAGACGCGGUGGCACAAGACGGGCAAGACCCGGCCCGUGUUUGCCAACGGCAAGCUGAAGGGAUACAAGAAGAUCCUGGUCCUCUACACCAACUACGGCAAGCAGCGCAAGCCCGAGAAGACCAACUGGGUGAUGCACCAGUACCACCUGGGCUCCGACGAGGAGGAGAAGGACGGCGAGCUCGUCGUGUCCAAGGUGUUCUACCAGACGCAGCCGAGGCAGUGCGGCGGUGGGUCGACGACGGUUAAGGACGCCGUCCCCCUCGCGGCUAGUGCAGCUACUGAUCACCAUCAACACGACGGUAACAACAGCAUGCUGAAGGAAGCAGGCAUUGUAGAUUUCUACAGCCCAGCGGCGCUAAUCGGGUACAACCAGGCGGCUCCCAACAACAGGGCGGCUGCUUCUGCUCUCUUGAUGCCUAACUUUGAGGUGCACACAGCAGGGGCGGCUGGCUUUGGUCCCUGACCAAGAAGUUCAAAUGCAGCUAUUUGACUGAUGAUAUAGGUUAGAGGGAGAGAAAGGCAGGCAGAUAAUGGCACUGUCAUGAAUGGCAUAAUUUACAGAAGAUUACAAGUGAUCGAGCAGAGAGUUUACUGAACGGUACUGCUGGACAAUAAGAGGAGUGUUAAGUGACUGGUUGCUCGUACUUAGGAAUCGAUACUAUUACAUUGUUCAUUAAUUGUUACAUGUAUACGUCGCUUGGCAUUCUCAUUUUUUUUUGUUUAAUGGUCUUUUGUUCCAUAAUAACAAUGAUGGAGUUAAAUACUGUAUAUUACUCCAUCCGAUCCCAAAUAUAAGUCUGUAUAGACCUCUCCUAAAUACACCACAUACAAGUCCAUGACAA